AUGAAAGUGUAUAAACUUGCAUUAUUUACCGCCUUAGCGGCUGCAAUACAGAUCCCCAUAUCGCUCAAUGUCUUUCGGGACCCAGAACGCCCCCAUUUCUCCACUCUUGAGGAGUCGCUGUGGCCCAUUGACUUGAACCCUUACAUAAAUCAGGUGGUGGUGAGAAUCUCAUCAUCUGGCGAUGUAAUCAAGUAUUUGAGAAGUCACGGCUUGAACAUCUGGGCCAAGAAUCCUUCGGAGAGAACCGUGGAUGUUCAGGGUCAUGAGUCGGACAUCAAGAACAUGUUGGCCCACUUUGAGAUUAGUGAUGCCAAUUACAUAAUUCACGACCUUGCGCAAACUGUUCUCGAGUCAUAUCCAGAAAAAUUGAAACAGGGAUCUUUUCAGACAUUUGCAGAGUCGUCGUUUGAUGAGGUUACCGCAGCAGCAGAAGAUAGUAUCCAUGCAGCAGCAGAGGUGUUCUUCAAGCUGUAUAGACCGUUGCUGUCAAUCGAUGCUUGGUUAAAAUUGUUGGAGGAGACAUACCCAGAUGUUGUAACCACUGAGGUGAUCGGUAAAACCUACGAGGAAAGAGAUUUCAAAGUGUUGCAUGUGCUGAUUCCUGACAGUGAUAUUCCUCACGACGAGAAGAGAACUAUAGUCAUAACUGGCGGAGUACAUGCACGGGAAUGGAUCUCGGUAUCUUCUACCUUGUACACCAUCUACGAGAUGUUGAAUGUGUAUGAGAAUAGUCCCGAGAGAUGGAAGGAAUUGGCUAAAUUGGACUUUCUAUUCAUUCCCGUACUCAACCCUGAUGGCUACGAGUACUCAUGGAAUUCCGACCGUCUUUGGCGUAAAAACCGUCAACAGGUCGAAGGAGGUGAUGGUGCUCGUUGCAUGGGCAUUGAUAUUGACCACUCUUUCGAUUACCACUGGACCCAAUCAAGUGACGGGGUCUGCGGAGAAGAGUAUUCCGGUCAGGCACCAUUUGAGGCAUACGAGCUGAAAAUCUGGGACGAAUAUUUGAAUUCAACUAAUGUGAACCACAAUAUUUGGGGUUACAUCGAUUUGCACUCGUACUCGCAGGAGAUUUUGUAUCCAUAUGCCUAUUCGUGCAAUGAGACUCCAAGAGAUGAGGAGAACUUGAUUGAGUUGGCAUACGGCAUUACCAAGGCAAUUCGCUUGACUUCUGGAAAGUCGUAUUCAGUGUUGCCUGCUUGUGUGGACAGAGACCUGGACUUGAUUCCAGAUUUGGGGUCGGGCUCUGCAUUGGACUUUAUGUACCACCAUAGAGCCUACUGGGCAUACCAGGUGAAGUUAAGAGAUAGUGGUGCCCAUGGGUUUUUGCUUCCUGACAAGUACAUCCAGCCUGUUGGAGAGGAGAUUGCUGCAGGUAUCAGGUUCUUCAGUCGUUUUAUUUUGUCCGAGGACCGUUAA